GGAUUCUUGCAUACAGAGUCUAAGGUUCUGAUCAUUGACUUAGAGCAUAGCACAGGGGAACCAUCUUCUUUCUGUUGUCUUUUUCCUACUCCAAUAGCAGACUCUUACGAAGAAGAAGAAGAAGAAGAAGACGAAGAAGAAGAAGAAGAAGAAGAAGAAGAAGAAGAGAUAAAUAAAGUUAG